CUGUUCCCAAGCAGAUACUCGUUCGCCGGCUUUGGUGCGACGCUCAACUAUACCCCGCUGCCGGCCUAGAGAAAAUCGCCCGCACGGUAUCAGCUAGAAGGCAAGUUCUUGCUCAAAAUGCCGUCCUCCCGUUUACAACCAAAGGGUCUUCUGGUGGUAGCGUUUGCUGUCACAUCUCUGCUGUGCUCCGCGUCUUCCCAGAACGUCGUGAAUAUCACGCUCUUCUACGAGGGACUUUGUCCUGGCUGCCACUCUUUCAUCCUGGACCAACUACACCCCACGUACGGCAAGCUCCAAGACUACCUCAAUGUCGAUAUCUUGCCUUUCGGCAACGCCCACAUAGACGUCGUCAACGGUACCGUCAAAUUUCACUGCCAGCAUGGCCCUGAUGAGUGCUACAUCAACGAAGUACAUACGUGCGCUGUCAAGUAUGUCCACCCGACCCGAAAGCUUCUAGACUUCGUUGCAUGCAUGCUUAGCCAGAACGUUCCCACGAAAGCGGGCAAGCCGUGCGCCCAGAAGGUGGGUACCGACUGGGGUGUCUUGGACAGAUGCAGCAGUGGACCAGAAGGUACGCAGCUUCUGUUAGACAUGGGAAAGAGGACGCGGAACCACAAACCACCAAUCCAGUACGUGCCGUGGAUAGAAGUCAACGGAGCGCACAACGCCACCAUUCAAGAGAAGGCGCAGGUAGAACUGUUUGGUUUCGCCUGCGAGCUUCUCGAGCCAGAUGCCCCUAGGAUCUGCAAGAAGCCGAGCUCCUAUUAUUGCGCCGCACGGCAGUGACUGAUAUACACCCAGCAACCCAAAAUUUGUGCAUCUUGUACCAUGUUGCUCUGAAGACACAUCACUGCAAUAAUUGCGUUACUUAACCUGCUGCUGGAAUAAAUCGGAAACGUUAUACAGUAAAA